UCUUUGAUUUAAAGUUACUGGAUACUGUUAAACAUGGACUCGGUUAUAGCUUAUUGUACAAAGCCUUUUUAAUUAACUCAUAUCAUUGUAGCUUCAAGGCAAACUCAUUCUUGUCACCAAAUAAUGGGACCGUUUGAAUUGCAGGAUUUGUGACAGAAAGUCCUUUUUCAUUACAAAAUGGCCUUUUUUCCGCCUAGCUCCUACAUAAGAGAGCUAGAGACAGGGAAUUGAAUUGAAAGAGGCUACUGUGUGAUUCAUGAAAAGGCAGCUGCUUUGAAAUCGUCGCUUUUCUUUCAGCAUGCACUAUUGCACAGACUCAUCUCCAGCAUGUUUACCUGCAUUUUCAGAUUCUUUCAACAGAUGCCCCCUACUGUAACUUUCCUUCUGUGCACAGAACCUGGCAGUCUACUGCUUCACAACAACAGGCAAUGCAUUAUACUGUGCGAUGCAGCGCAGAAUGCUUUUCAGUAUGUAUCUCUGUGCAGUGUACAAGUUUAUUACACCUCCCUGCUCUCGUUUCGAUUGGGUAAAAGUUCUGAAAGGUUGGCUGCUUGUUCAGAUAUAUCUUUUGUAAGAGGCCCUAGCCAGGACAGGGCUGACAGCUCACCGAUUGGGGCUACUGAAGCGCUGAGCGCUGCGCUGCUUUCGUUCCAGAUCAUGUUCCAGGCAUACGGAGACAAACAGGGCCCUCUCCACGGCAUGCUAAUCAACACGCCCUACGUCACCAAGGACCUGCUGCAGUCCAAGCGCUUCCAGGCACAGUCCCUCGGCACCACCUACGUCUACGACUUCCCGGAGAUGUUCAGACAGUCUUUGCUGAAGCUCUGGGAGUCUGCUGAUGCCUACACCCAGCUUCCCAAGUGCCCUCUGCCCUCUGACCUCCUGACUUACACGGAGCUGGUGCUGGACCCCCAGGGGCAAAUGAUCCAGAUGAACCGGCUGCCCGGAGGAAAUGAGAUCGGCAUGGUGGCCUGGAAGCUGACCCUGAAGACUCCGGAAUACCCGGCGGGGCGUGACGUCAUCGUGAUCAGCAACGACAUCACCCACAAGAUCGGCUCGUUCGGGCCGCAGGAGGACUUCCUGUUCCAGCAGGCCUCGGAGCUGUCCAGGGCCAGCGGGAUCCCACGGAUCUACAUCGCGGCCAACAGCGGGGCGCGCAUCGGCCUGGCCGAGGAAAUCCGACACAUGUUCCACGUGGCCUGGCAGGACCCCAGCGACCCCUACAAGGGAUUCAAGUACCUGUACCUGACCCCUCAGGACUAUAAGAAGGUGUCCGCCCUCAACUCUGUGCACUGCGAGCACGUGGAAGAGGGAGGAGAAUCCAGGUACAAGAUCACAGACAUCAUCGGUAAGGAGGAAGGGCUGGGAGUGGAGAACCUGCGGGGCUCUGGGAUGAUCGCGGGGGAGUCUUCAUUGGCCUACGAGGAGAUCAUCACUAUGAACCUGGUGACGUGCCGUGCCAUUGGUAUUGGAGCCUACCUGGUGAGACUGGGGCAGAGAACCAUACAGGUGGAGAACUCCCACAUCAUCCUGACUGGGGCCGGGGCUCUCAACAAGGUCCUGGGUCGAGAGGUCUACACAUCGAACAAUCAGCUGGGAGGCAUUCAGAUCAUGCACAACAACGGAGUGACACACAGCACAGUGUGCGACGACUUUGAGGGGGUCUACACUCUCCUGCAGUGGCUCUCCUACAUGCCCAAGUGUAACUCCAGUCCAGUGCCCAUCCUGAGCCCUAAGGACCCCAUCGACAGACCGGUUGACUUCGUCCCCACCAAGACCCCCUACGACCCUCGCUGGAUGCUGUCCGGGCGCCCUCACCAAAGUCAGAAAGGCCAGUGGCUCAGUGGCUUCUUUGACCACGGCUCAUUCCUGGAGAUCAUGCAGCCGUGGGCACAGACCGUGGUCGUGGGCAGAGCCAGGCUAGGUGGAAUACCUACUGGAGUGGUUGCCGUGGAAACCAGAUCGGUGGAAUUAUCAAUCCCAGCAGACCCUGCAAACCUGGACUCUGAGGCAAAGGUUAUCCAGCAGGCGGGGCAGGUGUGGUUCCCAGACUCUGCCUUCAAGACCGCCCAGGCCAUCAAGGACCUGAACCGGGAGGGGCUGCCACUCAUGGUCUUUGCCAACUGGAGGGGCUUCUCCGGGGGCAUGAAGGACAUGUACGACCAGGUGUUGAAGUUCGGAGCCUACAUCGUGGAUGGUCUGCGGGAGUACAGGCAGCCGGUCCUGGUCUACAUCCCCCCACAGGCGGAGCUCAGGGGAGGGUCCUGGGUGGUUAUCGACCCCACCAUCAACCCCCGGCACAUGGAGAUGUAUGCUGACCGGGACAGCAGGGGCGGAGUGCUGGAACCAGAGGGCACGGUAGAGAUUAAAUUCAGGAAGAAGGACCUGGUGAAGACAAUGAGGAGGGUGGACCCAGUGUACAGCAAGCUGGCAGAGCGACUGGGCACUCCUGAGCUGAGUGUCGCCGAGCACAAGGAGCUGGAAGCCAAGCUGAAGGAGCGUGAGGAGUUCCUGCUGCCCAUCUACCACCAGGUGGCAGUGCAGUUCGCCGACCUCCACGACACGCCGGGCCGCAUGCAAGAGAAGGGCGUCAUCACGGACAUCCUGGAGUGGCGGACGUCGCGGCAGUUCUUCUACUGGCGGCUGCGGAGGCUGCUCCUGGAGGACACGGUGCACAAGAAGAUCCAGAGCGCCAACGUGGAGCUGACCGCCGGGCAGAUCCAGGCCAUGCUGCGCCGCUGGUUCGUGGAGGCCGAGGGCGCCGUCAAGGUACGAGAGGACCGACUCCAUUCAUUCAGUUGCUCCAGUCCCGUGAUAAAAACACCUGCAGUGUACAGAGCAGUGGAAUUUGCAGUCAGUCCGCGCUUGUCACACAUCUCUCUUUCUUACAGAUUCAACUGAUUUCGUCCCUCAAGC